AUGCACAGUCAGGAGUUCAAAUCAUGCGUGGCAUCAAUUCGUUCGAGGACGGCGUCUCAACUGGUCCCCGAACAUAAACAACGAUUGCUGGAUAAUUCAUCGCCCAAUCGUAAGAACCAACGAGCCCCUGGAGCCCGUGGAGAAUUCGCAAGGCUAGCCGGAAUGAUUGGAAAGGACAUCCAACAAACCACCGUCAAACUUAGCCAACUUGCACAACUUGCCAAACGAAAGACUCUAUUUGAUGACCGACCAGUAGAAAUCUCGGAAUUGACAUAUAUCAUCAAACAAGAUAUCGCUCAACUAAACCAACAGAUCGCCCAGUUACAAACCUUCGUCAAGCAGAACUUGUCUUCAAAUCGUGGUCAAAAACAGCCCGUAGACGAACAUAACAACAACGUUGUGAUGAUGCUACAGAGUAAACUGGCCGAUACUAGUAUGGGAUUCAAAGAUGUCCUCGAAAUUCGCACUCAGAACAUGAAAGCUACUCGAGACCGGACCGAACAAUUCCAAUUCAAUACCCCCGGGCUUGCCACAGCGUCUCAAUCAGUCCUCCGUUCCCGCCCCACGUCUUCCACCCCAUAUAAUUCACAAUCGACAGAUUCGCCACUCUACGCAGCCCAACAAGCAGGGGGAGUCGCUUCCGCUGUCAAUAGAACACUGUAUGACUCUAAAGGUAAAGGAAAAUCUACUCAAGAAGGGUACCAUCAAAAUGAGUAUCUGGCAUUGGAUAUGGGCAAAAACUCCAAUCCGGCUGAAUCUGGUGGCCCUCAAGGAUACAUGCAGAUGCAGUUAGCUCAAGAUAAUUCAGAUGCAUAUCUACAACAGCGGUCAACAGCCAUCGAGUCGAUUGAAUCGACGAUCACUGAGCUUGGUUCGAUCUUCAGUCAGCUAGCAACAAUGGUUGCUCAACAAGGAGAACAAGUCCAACGGAUCGACCAGGACACGAUCGACAUCGAAAGUAACAUCCAAUCCGCCCAAUCUGAAUUGCUUAAAUUCUAUUCAAGUAUCUCUGGUAAUCGCAUGUUAAUGUUCAAAGUCUUUGGGAUGAUCAUGAUCUUCUUCUUGUUAUUCGUCUUACUCACGUGA